UUGUUAUUUUUUCUACUAUGGAACAAGAAAUCGGUACUUGGGAUUCUGUAUUAUUGGAAAAUCUUUCAGAAGAUAGUUUCAUUAAUAAUAUACAUCAACGUUACAAACGUGAUCUCAUAUAUACUUAUAUAGGCACUUCCGUGGUGGCUGUAAAUCCAUAUCAUCACAUAUCAGAAAAUUCGUUGGACCUAAUACAUAACUAUGGUAGUAAAGGCAUAUUUCAAUUGCCUCCACACAUUUAUGGCCUUGCAAAUUUAUCAUUUCAAUCACUUAAGGAUCGAAAUGAGGAUCAGUGUAUAAUUAUGACGGGUGAAAGUGGAUCCGGUAAAACCGAAUCUUUUAAAAUGAUUGUCAAUUUCCUAACACAUAUUCAAGAAAAAUCUAAAAGAUCAUCGUCUCUAAGCAAACAAUCGUCGGUUGGUUCUGGCGGUGCAGCAGCAGCAGUAGCGGCAUCAGGUUGUGGGUCAUCGUCUCACAAACAUCGGCGCACAUCCAGUUCUUGUUCAAUGGGGCCGACAACGUUAAGCUAUUUACCAAAUAAGAGUACAAUUACUGCCGCCAAUUCCAAUUCAUGCCUACUAAUGCAACAGCAGCAACAACAACGUAGACAAACCCCGUCUCCAGGACCAACAACAACAACAAAAUACUGUGAUGCAGCUGUACAGCAUAGAGCACGUGCCGAAAGCUCAGAUCGUCAUGGGAAACGUAGCAUGAGAGAGAAAAUGGUUGAAUUUGAUUUUUCACAUCACAAAAGUACCGAAAAUAUUUCAACUUUAGAUAGUUCAAAUAUCCUGUCACCUCAUCCACCAAAAUCAUGUUUCAAACAUCAUCAAUCUACACAAAUUCCCCAUAAAUCCGCCUCAACAUCCAAAUCUUCCUCAACUAUUUAUUUACCUCGUAGUACUUCGCCUAAGUAUUUGCAAUCGUUCACUGGUGGCGGUUGUCGCCAAUGUGGUCAUAGCAAAUGUACCCGUGCUCAAAGUUUCGACAAAGAUGAUGGCGACAUAAGUAUAUCAUCAGCAUCACAACCGGGCAAUUAUAGUCUAUCAACAAUGUCAUCGGCCCACCUACAACGUGGCAGUUGUUCAAAUCUAACCAAGCAAGGCUUAUCCGAUUGCUGUAAUCGUGACGAAAAUACUCAGCUAUCUGGUUCAAUGCAACGCAUUUCAUUAUAUGAUGCCCACAAAAUAAAUCAAUCGGCCAUAAAUGCCUUGAAGCUAUGGCAGUCAUCUCCGGUAACACCAAGAAAACAGAAAAAUCCUUUGAAGCGUUUAAGAGAAUGUGUCUCAUUUGCUGAUGUUUUUCUUGAGGCAAUGGGCAAUGCGGUUACUUUGAAAAAUAACAAUUCUAGUCGUUAUGGAAAACUUUUUGAUAUAGAAAUUGAUUUUAAGGGCGAUCCAAUUGGUGUUCACAUAACUCAUUAUAUGUUGGAAAAGACACGUGUUACUGAUGUUUCUUCCGGGGAAAGAAAUUUCCAUAUAUUUUAUCAGUUAUUGGCCGGUGGCGAUUUACAAUUAUUAAAAUCCUUAAAAUUAUAUCGUAAUGUUGAAAAAUAUGAUAUUUUAAAAAAUACAACUGCCUUGGAAGAAGAUCGUACUAAUUUUCACUAUACCAAAAAAUCAUUAGAUGUGCUGGGUUUAUCUUGUGAUGACAUAAAUUCAAUAUUUCGUAUUAUAGCAGUCGUAUUGAAAUUAGGUAAUUUUAUAUUUGUACCCAUAACAAACAUUGAUGGCACCGAGGGUUGUCAAAUAUCAAAUAUUUAUGAAGUAGAAGAAACCGCUCAUUUACUUAAUUUAGAAGCUCAAAUUUUAAUUAAUUGCCUUACAAGAGCGUCUAGCUCAAAUAGCAGUUUGGAAGAUGUCGGUUGCGAAUUGGAUGCUCGCCAAGCAUCUAUGACCCGUAACACACUGUGUCGCACUCUAUAUUCCAGACUUUUCACAUGGCUGGUGAAUAAAAUCAACGAUAGCCUCAAAUCGACGCAACGUGAAAAGAAUUUAGCCUUGUUAGAUUUUUAUGGUUUUGAAUCGAUGGAACACAAUUCCUUCGAACAAUUCGCCAUUAACUAUAGUUCGGAGAAAAUUCAUCAAAACUUUGUGCACAAUGUUCUGAGAGUCGAACAAGAAUUGUAUGUUCGUGAGGGACUUGAAUGGUCGCGAAUUGAUUAUUUUGACAACGAGUCGAUAUGUGAAUUGAUUGAUAAACCCAAUUAUGGUAUAUUGAGUUUAAUCAACGAACCGCAUUUGACGACCAACGAAGCACUAUUGACACGCAUCCAACAAUGUUGUGCUGGGCACCCGUGUUUUAUGAUAGCCCAGCCCAAUUCGAUGACAUUUCGCAUACGCCACUAUGCCAAUGUCGUGCAAUAUUCGGUUCAUAGAUUUUUAGAGAAGAAUUCCGAUACGCUGCCAAAGUACUUAAGUUCAGGUUUAUAUCAAAGUAAACUGCCACUCGUACAAAGUCUUUUUCCGGAGGGUAAUCCACGGAGACAAGCCAACAAAAAGCCCACCACGUUAAGUUCCAAUAUACGCACUCAAUUAAAUACUUUAUUAGCCAUUAUUAAGCCACGAUGUUCACGUUAUAUAUUUUGUAUUAGGCCAAAUGAAUGUCGUCAAUCACGUACGUUUGAUAUGUCGCUGGUGCAGCAUCAGGUGCGUUAUAUGUCGCUGAUGCCGUUGGUGUAUCUUUGCCGCCAGGGCCACUGUUUUCAUAUGCUACAUGCGAAAUUUUUCCUACGCUACAAACUUUUAAGUGCCAAAACAUGGCCGCACUAUCGUGGCGGUAAAUGUGUUGAGGGCAUCGCCCUAAUAAUUCGCAAUCUUCCAUUGCCAUCAGCUGAAUUUACAAUUGGCACAAAAAAUGUUUUCGUUCGUAGUCCGCGAACCGUUUAUGAAUUGGAACAAUUUCGCAAAGGACGUAUGCAUGAUUUGGCCACAUUGAUACAGACCACAUUUCGUAUGUAUCGGGAGAGGAGUAGAUUUCUACGAUUGCGUUCAAGUCAAAUAACAAUAGCAAGGGCUUGGAGGGCGUUUAGGUUUGUCUACUUUCAGUCACGUGAGCAAUAUCGCACCGUUAAAUACAAGCGAAGAGGUAAUUGGGCCGCCGAGAUUAUAGCCAGAGCUUAUAUUCUAUACAAAACUCGCCAAUUUCUUUUGACAAUACCUCAAAAAUUACCACCAAAUUCGUUAAGUCCGCUUUCGAUGGAUUGGCCGGCAGCACCAUCAUUCCUGGAGGAGACAUCACGUUUAUUGCGUGCCAUCUAUCAUCGUUGGAAAUGUUAUUUAUAUCGUAGUUCCUUUGAUCAGACAUCGAGAAAUCGUAUGCGUGAAAAGGUCACCGCCAGUAUUAUAUUUAAAGAUCGCAAAGCUUCCUAUCCGAGGAGUGUGGGCCAUCCUUUUAUUGGCGAUUAUGUGAGAUUACGACCAAAUGCCAUGUGGAAACGAAUGUGUUCAGAAACCAAUGAUCAGUAUGUUGUAUUUGCUGAUAUUAUAAAUAAGAUAACAAGAUCAAGUGGUAAGAUUGUGCCUAUUUUAUUGGUCAUAUCCACAUCAUCAUUAUUGUUACUGGAUCAGAGAACAUUACAAAUAAAAUAUCGUGUGCCUGCUGCAGAAAUUUAUCGUAUGUCACUUAGUCCAUAUAUGGAUGAUAUAGCUGUAUUUCAUGUGAAAGCUUCUGAAUUUUGUCGCAAAAAAGGUGAUAUAGUUGUUCAAGCGGCUCACAUUAUCGAAAUAGUUACGAAAAUGUUUUUGGUUAUACAAAAUGCCACGGGGAAACCGCCUGAAAUACAUAUUAGUACAGAUUUUGAAGCGAAUUUUGGCCAACAAACUGUUAUAUUUAAUUUUAAAUAUGGCGGUAUGUCGGAUCUUGCACAAGGACCACCAAAGGUUACUAGAAAAGCUAAUCGUAUGGAAAUUAUUGUAUGAUCCGCAACUAAAAGUUAUCGUUGGACAUCGUUGACAUUUUUAAAUGCCUAUGAAUUAGAUGCAAGGGCAA